GUAUAACCACUUGUUUAAGGAAGUAGAUGUUUUAAGAAUUUCCCAAUUUUGUUUCAAUCUGUUACGUUAUUUAAAAUCUUUUCAAGAACAAAAUGAAAUAUUAAUGUGUUGUUAUUUAAUUCGAUUAUAGCUUUAUGAUAUGGAUAUAUUUAUUGAAUUAUCAUAAUGUAAAUUUUACAUAUCAUGACUAGUUACAUAACUUUCGCCAGUAGCAAGUUACACCAUCUGCCUUGACCAUAUUAACAUCAGACUUACUUGCAAAGGGUUUGACAGUAGUACAAUAAACAUCUAUGUCAAAAUAAAUCACAUAAUGACAUUGGGACAAUAAAAUGCAUACAAAACUUUGGGUGGGAUUUAGCAGUAACAAAGUUCAUUUGAUGGUUUUUGUUUUUCUCGAUUAGAAUUUCACACCAUAGAUGAAUCCAAACACAUCAUGGGAUGGCAGAUAUAGAACAGACACACUUCCUUAGGGCUUUUUUAUUACUAGUAGAAGGCGGUACUUUUAUUGCAAGGGCAAUAUUACUUCGAGAACGAAACAAAUCUGGACGGGAUUUAGAAUCACUGUUAAGCGACUUCAAAACAAAACUUAAGCAUGAAUUUCACGGAAAACAGUACCAAAAACUGUUCCCAGAUACCGGUGUAAACACUGAUAUUAACACUUGGGACCUACAAUUGUUGAUUGGUGUAGUAUCCAUAAUCUUUCGGAAAACGAUUUCAAAAUCUGAAAAAAAGGAUUUACGUCUCUUAAAACAAUUGCGUAAUGAGGUGUUUAUGCACUGUGCAAAUGUUUCAUUGGAUGAAGACGAGUAUGACGAAGUUAUCGAGCAGCUUGAAGAUGCUUUGAAUGGAUUGGCCACUACUUUCGAUAAUAACACAAAGGAUGCCUGUUUUACGUAUAUAAAGACGUUUAAAUGCGGGCCAUUAGAUGCCGUAAGGCCAUCAAUUGCCACUAUAAAUGGGUUGAGCCAAACAGGACAGCAAACAUUCAAAGUGGGAUUGAGUACAGUGUUAGCAGUAGAUGGUCCGUCUGACGAUUGGAAAGAUAUCUGCGAGAACAUCAUUCUAACUGUUCUCAAUAAUGUUAUUACCGGUAGUGAAGGAGAAGACUUUCCGAAUGUCAAGAACAAAGUUAUCAAGUUGCUUGACUUCUUAUCAGCAAACAAGGACAUUGCCUUAAAAGAAUAUAGGAAAGCUUGCAUCGUGCUUGAAUUUGAAUGUGGUUCUUAUGACGAUAUGCUGCAUUUGCUGAACCUAUUCGACAGCUGGAAGUAUAGAUAUUAUCUAAACAAGAUUGCAAAUUCCCUAACGAAAGAACUUGAGCUCAAUUGCUUAUUAACACUUUCAACCAGAGUUGCCACUGAAAGUUUGCAGUCUAUUUUGAUCCAUUACAUAAAAAUGUUACACGAAGAAGAAACAACCGAUGAUUGCAUAGAGAUAACUUCAGAUGCCAAUAUAAAUGAUGGCACUGAAGGUAACACACAGCUCCAGCAGCGUUCAGAUGAUACAGUCUGUUUAAAUGACGACAUUAGAAACCCUCUGAAACUUGAUAUGGAGUGCAAAUCUCAAGAGGGUUUGCUGCAUAUUCUGAACGCAUUCAAAGGAAACCAGUUGCAAGUGCAUCUUAAAGAUGUAGCAGAUGCUCUUUCCGAACACACUAAGCAGAAGAUUACAUUAAAAACAUCGUUGAAUAUUAAAGAUUUCAUGUCAGCAUUUGAAGAAACAGUCAUUGCCAAAAGACGAGUUGAUAGAAUGUUCUUGGAGAACAUCAUCUCAGAACCGCGAGUGACUUCAGCAGAAACACAGCAAAGGUCAAAUGAAGCAGAACCUGAAAUUGAGGAGGAAAUCAUUGAGGCAACUCAACACGAGAACACACACCAGAGUGCUGCAGUACAAACAGAUAAAAAAGAAUAUACACUACUUUUUCGUGGUAUUCACCCGGACACUUGUAGAGGGGCGUUAGCUGGUAUUAUACAAGAGACAACACAUGGUGUGGCUGAAUAUGAAAAUAUCAUAUUCAAUCAUACAAGAACUUGUGCUGUAGUAAAACUGUUCUUGACACAAAGGCCAGAUCUAGAUCUGAUUAGAGACACUUUACGACAGAAGUGUAAUGAUGAUGAGAGACCCGACGUUCACGACAUUCCACCAGCAGAUAGCAUUGCAGUGAGCACCGAGGAAGGGAUAGGCAACAUAGAAUGUUUGGAAUAUUACUUUGAAAGUCGUAAAGUUUGUGGAUAUGAGCUCAAACAAGCUCCAUAUAAAUCAGAAGAUGAAAGCUGCGUUAUUCUUCAGUUUGGAGAUCCAGAAGUUGUUAAGAAUGUGUGUUCAAGAUCAUCACCUUUCAUAUGGGAAGGAAUGGAACUCAGAGUGUCACCUUGUUACAUAUUUGAAGAUGUAGUGAUUUGGGACACGGAAACGCAUUACUUGAGUAUUCCGAAAUCGUUUACUAUAGAACUUGAUCGUAACAUCACAACACUUUUGCAAAGGAAAUGUUGUGAGCAACUGUCUGCCGAGCUCAAGAGCAAUAACUGUGUGUCAAAGAUUACUGGGAAAGGGAUUGAGUUGUCUUGUUCCCUUACUCCGUCUGUUAUUGGUUUCAGAAGGCUUUCCAAUGAAUGGAAGGAAACAUCAGAACAUAUUGUUGAUAGGUUCAUCAAGAAUAAUAUCACUGAAACGUCUUUCAAAACAAGCGAAAGUGUUUGGAAUGAUUUCAUGUUGUACUUCAAGUCAGAGAAUCUUGAAGGAUGCGAAGAGUUGGUGUGCAGUGUUGAUGAAACACGCUUUGAAGUCUUUAUUCUCGGCUUACGACAAACUGUUGAUAAGUUGUGUGCAAAGCUAGAGGAAAAGCACAGCGAACUAAGGCAAGAAACAGAAAUUGUCGUGUUUGAAGCUCCAAAAAUACAACUGAUGCGCGCUUGUGGGGUAUUCGAAGAGAUGAAAUUGGAAAUGGGGAAAAUGAAAAUACAUAUAAAAGACGGAGAAACUGACAUUGUCAUUAGAAGUUCUCCAGAAGAUUUAGUGCAAGUGAAGUUGGGACUGUAUGAGGUAACCAACAAAAUUGUGAAAAGGAAACAAAAACAUGACUUUACCAAAGCAUGUGUAGAAUUUAUCGAGGGUAAACUGAAAGAUGAGCUGACAUCACAUUUAAAAAGUAGAUAUACAUCCAACUUUGUAGAAUGGGAAAUUGAUAAUAGGGAUAUAAAUGUGUACACCUUUGAUGAAGUUAAGCCGGCGAUGUCCGGGGAAAGGUUUAAAGUACUUAGCGAACACAACUACGCUGAAGAUACCUGUACUACCCCUGAGGACAUUUUAAACGCGUCGAUUUUAGAGAUUCAAGAAAUUGUACCUGUUACCUUUGAUAAAAGAAAACUAGAGACUUUUCUGAAAGAAAUAAACAAUACUUACCAUGAUCAUGUUGAAGUGCAAUAUAUUGAAUCGCAGGGAAUACUGGCGAUUUAUGGAAUGAAAGAGGAAGUAAAAGUCGUGCACAGUAAGGUCAAAGAAUUCUUGUAUUCAAUACCGGUACAAAUAGUAGAACGUGUAAUAGAACAAGAUGUAGGAUAUUUGCAGUUUCUACAAAAGUACAAGAAAGAAUUUGUUCGCAGUCUUGAGAAGGCGUAUUCAGUGAAUAUAGACAUUCAGGAUAAACGUGUAAUUGUAACGGGUUGCGAAGAUGGAGUAUUGAAAGCAGAGCGGGAAUUGAAUGUUAUAUUUGAAGAAAUUAUUUGUGAAAAGGUAAUCAUUCAAAAGGUUGGUGUAAAAGUUGCACUGCGAGAUGAUGAAAAACAAAUGCAACUUAGUCUUGAAGGGACCAAUCAGCGAUGCAUCAUUCAAUUUCCCGAUGAACAUGCAACACGGUUGGCUUCAGGUGCAUCAAAUAUAGAUAGCAGUGAUGAAUUUAAAGGAAGUGUGUUAUGUCCUUCUAAAACAAAACAAGACCAAGAAUUUUCUGGUGAAAUACCGUACGAAAGAGAUGACAUUUCUGAAACAGCAAUUGGCGUCAACGUUACUCUUGUUAAAGGAGAACUUGGAGAGCAAGAAGGAGAUAUUAUCGUCGCUGGUACGUCUCACAAUUUGAAUUUGAAAAGUGGUAAUGCGUGCAAAUCAUUAGGGUUGAAAGCUGGCGGAAAACUUCAAGAAGCGUGCAAUAAGAUGUAUCCAGAGGGUAUUCAGUCUGAUGAAGUGGCAGUUAUUAAAGGUUGUGGAAAUCUGGCAUGUAAAUAUGUGUAUUUGACCACUUUACCAACCUGGACAUCCGGCGAGGAGAUGAAGAAAGGCUUCAAAAUGAUCAUGAAAAAGUCGUUAGAGCGUGCAUCAGACCAGGAGAUGAAAUCGAUAGUUUUCAGCGCAUUGGGUACUGGGCAGUUGAAUUACCCGAAAGAUCUCGUUGCGUUCCUUAUGUAUGAUGCUGUCGUGACCUUUGAUCGCUGCCAUCCUCAAACUACAUUGAAAGAUGUCAGAUUUGUUUUGUACCCAAAAGAUGGCUCAACUAUAAAGGCUUUUGAAGAAGAGGAAAGAAUGAGAAAAGAAAAUCGCGGCAGAAAUCAGCACAUAUUCGAUCUCAAAGCUGCCGAAUUGACGAUGCAAGUUUGUGUUGACGAUAUCACAACUCAAAAUGUGGAUGCUAUAUUUAGUUCAUCAUCUUCAAACAUGGACCGCAGGCAUAACGCUGUGCUUGACACACUUUUUGACAAAGGUGGAGAACUGUUAAGGGAUGAGUGCAAGUCUAAAUACAAUUGGCAAAUUGGAAUGGAUGACAUUGCGGAAAUCAGAGUAGGAAAUUUACCUUGCAAGACUGUUUAUAUGGCAUCAAUCAAAGGAGACACUGAUUAUCACUCAAAGGAACACUUGAAGGAAGUCGUCAGAAAGGUUCUAUUUCACGCUGUGAUAAAUGGGUUUGUAUCGUUGGCUAUACCCGCUUUGUUGAAAGGCGACAAUGGUUAUGAAUUCAAAGAGGAUGUAUGCACAAUAUUGUUCGACACUGUGAUAGAAUGGGCGAAGGAAAAUCCAGAAUCGGCAUUGAAGACUGUAAAGUUCGUUAUAGAUCCAAAGGAUGGUGAAACCAUAAAUAGAUUCAAGGCGUAUGUUUUAAAUGCAAAGGGCAUAGGAAGAAGACCAUUCAGAAGUUCUCUGGAUGAACAGCAUGGAUUUAGUAGUGAACCAGGUUUGUCAGAAGGUAAGGUAAAAGUAAGGGUCCAGAUGGGAGACAUAUUAGAACAGAAAACUGACGCCAUUGUAACCAGCGUUGGCAAAGACUUUCUUUUGAUCGGGUCAGUUGCAUAUGCAAUGAAAACCAAAUGCCCAGAUCUAGAAAAACAGUGUCGCAGUGAAGCGUUAAAACAUAAGCUGAAUAUGGAGAAGGUAGUGAUAACGGAGGCGAAAGGUUUACAUGCGAGGUCGGUGAUACAUAUACAGUUUGCAGAUAACUUUAAAGACUGGCAAUACCGGAUGCGCAAGUGCCUAGAGCUAGCGAACGAAAAGUCUUACAGUUCAAUUUCUUUUCCAGUUUUAGGCACAGGGAAGGGUUUUAAAACGUUUUGUGCCAAGGAGAUAACUAGGUGCCUUAUAAAAGCAGUUAAAGAAUUUGAACAGUCCCACCCAUCGCCUUCCUUACGUAAUGUAUAUUUGAUUGUGUAUGACAAGCAACCACAACUGCAUUCACAAAUUAUAGACGCGUUACAAGCCUUCAUACAGGAAUCAAAAAGCGAAACUACUACUGGGGAACAGCAAAUUUCUUCAAGACUUAAAUCAUUACGGCAGUUUGCUUCAGCCGGCAAUGAUUCAGGAGAGGAAAUGUGUGAUAUGUCUGCGAAACAAUGGAAGGCAGUUGUUGAAGAAACGUCGUCUGUAGAAAUCCGUGUAUACUCAGAUGAACGAGACAACAUCAAACUUUGUAAGAAGAUGCUAGAGACCAACAUUGAUCAAAUGUAUAUCGAAAGAAAACUUGAUAACUACACGAAAAUAGUUCAGUCUCUCCAUCGAGAACAAAUUGGAGAAAUCGAUAUGAUUGCUCUUGCAGAUAUUACCAUUGAUCAAGCAUCAGGUAUUAUUUCGAUAUAUGGACCGAGAGAAGAUGUACUUGAUGUUACACAAGAAAUACGUAAGAAACUUUUGCAAAUGAAUGACACAAAACCAGAUUUAGAUGCUGCAGAGAAGCUUGCCCAUCUUGUACAGUGGCAGUACGAAGAAGUUACUCUUACUGGAUUCAAUAAUGUGCCUUAUAAGAAGCUGUUGAAUUACAGAAUAGAGCAGGCAUAUAGAGCUAACUUACAAUGUUUUAUGUUUGAGGAAAAUGGUGAAUGCUUCCUGGUUGACUUUCAACACUUUGUAGAAUAUCGAAAGUCAGAUGCCACAGAUAGAAUAAGAGUCAUUAGGAAGGAUAUAAUAGAAGUUCCAAAAGAUCUUGCCGCCACCGAAGAACAAUGGAUGGAAUGGACAUGUGAAGAAAUCGAGGAUUCUUUUUUGUCAGGAGAAGGUUCAUAUGAAUACAGAAACAUAUUUGAGAUGAAGGACAUUUCAGUCAUAAAGGUUGAAAGAAUACGGCCACACAAAAUUUACCAACAAUACCAGGAGCAAAGAAGACAAAUCGUGGAACAAAAAUCAAAAUCUCGUGCAGUCUCAGACGUUGAGCGAGAUUUGUGGUAUGCAGUAAGCCAUGAUGAACUGUCAGAUAUCGUACUGCAUGGUUUCAAUACAAGUUACUGUGGACGAGUAUCUCCGUUAUAUGGAGAGGGUGUUUAUUUCACUUCUGACGCAUCAUAUUCUAUACGACGUUGGCUAUCUACUGCUGGCAGUGGUGGAAAAGGGUAUAUGUUUCUGUCCAAGGUGUUGACAGGAAAUAUGUGUCAAGGACAAAAAGGCACAAGAUUUCUUCCGGAGACUGGCAUCUUAAGUUUGAAACAUCAGUAUGAUAGUGGCGUAGACGACAUAACCGACCCAAAGGAAUUUAUUGUGUACAAAGACUCACAAAUUUGCCCUAGAUAUCUGAUUACAUUUCAAUACAUGGGAUCGUGAACUUUCACGAAUUUUUAACAUUUUAAGAGACUAUAAUUGCAUAUUAUGAAUAAGAAUCUCGCUAUUUGGGGAAAUUCAACUGAUGUUUAUAAAAACAACAAAUAAUAAUGUUUAUCAUGUUUAUGAAAUAACCUUAGUUAUAGUAAACAUAAAUGGUAUCAAAUACCAAACGCUUUUAUAUUUUCAGGACUAUGUGCUAUAAAAUCUCCACCUCAAAUGUCACAUGUACACAAGUGCAAACUGUUAAACAAUUACAUGUAUUACCCAUUAUCAUCUUCUUACGAUGCAGGUGUCAUGUGUAUCAACAUCAUGAACAUUGAAAUAAUCAUUUCCCAUUACCAUCUCGUUAUUAUAAGCUCUUUUUCUUCCGAUGCUACGAUGAUUUCUCAUAACCAUAUUGAAGUGCGUUAUUUUGUAAAUGCAGCAAUCAUUUCGCAUAACCAUCUCUUAGAGGAUGUUGUAGUUAUUAAUUACUGCUUCCCAUCAUGAAUUGGUUCAAUCAAAAAGGAAAGACUAUAGAUACCCGCAAUUUCCCGAUGCUGAGAUUUUUAUUCACUUGGAUAUAUAUUUAGUUUUAAGAUGAACUGUAUAAAAAUAAUUUGCUGAAUUUUAAAGGAUAGUAUCAAAAUGCUCAAAAUGUAUUGACUACUCGAUUUUUUAUUUUCUUAAGUGAAACUUGAAUUAGCAGAAUUUAUUUAACUAGUAAAUAGCAAAUGAUGAAAAGUAACAGUUGAAAAUUGUGAUUUUUGGUCUAGUAAACGUGUCAGUUAUUCAGGAUCAGUUACGGUCACUUUGUCAACUGAUCUACACAAGUGUUGAAGACUGCACGGUCCUGUUCUAUUCAAAUAUUCCACGCAUCCAAUGGCAAAAUCACAUAGUCUGCAACAUUUACAUUUCACCACUCCCUCUUCCUAUUUUUUACAACGUUUCCCCCUCCUAUUUUUUACAAUGUUUGCAUCUUUCUAUACAGUUUUGCCAAUAUAUUGCUUAAAAAAUGUAUUUUAUACAGAAUUUCUCUGCAACAAAGUGCACACUUUAUUUUGCAAAUCAUUAAAGCUUAAUGAUACUAUAUUUUAAUUUUAACAAAUGCUAUGUUGCUGCUGUAAAAGUUUACAUGUUAUUGGAUUUAGUGUUGUCUUAUUGUAAUUACACAUGUUAUUAAUAACCGUUGAUUUUAAAAUAUUAAAGAAUUAUGUCUCGGAAA